AUGUCGUACGCUCCACCAUAUGGCGACCCUUACGCUCGCCCUCCCUCAGAUCGCCCUGCAUAUGACCCCUACGGACGUCCCCCUUCCGAUCCCUAUGCGCGCCCUCCCUCAGACCGUCCUCCUUAUGAGCGUCCCGCGUACGAACAACCUCCAUAUGAUGCCGGUCGCCCAGCAUACGACCCCGGUCGUCCAGCAUACGAUCGUGCCCCAUACAGCGCACCCCCACCUUCUGCUCGACCCCCUCCUGGCCCUCCCCCUCCAUUGCCGCAGGGUUGGGUCCAAGAAUGGGAGCCCAGUACUCGCCGCGCAUUCUUUGUAGAGCAGGCCACUGGCCGCUCUCAAUGGGAGCAGCCUUACCCUCAAUCCGGCUACGCUGGAUAUGAUGAUGGUUCUCGCAGCGUUCCUCCACCUGAUUCCCAGGGUGGCUACUAUCCCCCUCCCCAGGGUCCUCCCCCUGGUGCCUACGAUGACCGUAGCCGUGAUUAUUACCAGCCCCAGGAGGAAUACAAGGAGAAGGAGGAGAAGAAGAGCAGCAAUACCGGAAAGUACCUUGCUGCUGGUGCGGCCGGCUUGGCUGUCGGUGGUAUUGCUGGUGCCAUCAUCGCACACGAAAUUGAUGAGGAUGACGAGAAGUCUGAUCUCGAGGAGGCUUACGAGGCGGGCCGUCGCGAUGAGGCCUACGAGGACGACAACAGUGGCAGUGGUGGUGAUUGGUGA